CUUGUAGUAUUUAAGAAACCAGAAAGAGUAGCUUUCAUUUCACUGCACAUACGCACCAAAUACACAAUACAAAGACCCCGCCACCACCACAACUCUCUCAAUCUCUCUCAAACCAACACCACCAAACACAACCACAACACUCAAAACCCUCUGCAUAAAAGCAUUCAAAUCCAAACUCAAAACCAACCCAAACCAUUCAUUUGAAUUUGCAUUUGAUUUUCCCAUCUGUAUUUUUUCAUCGUAAAUAAACCAUGCCCAUUGUUCCUCUUCUUCUUCUCCUCUGCUUCUUCACCCACUGCACACUCUGUUUCUCUGCUUCAAAAACACAAACACUCAUUCUACCUCUCAAAACAGAGACACUUCCACAUGGGUUUGCCCCACAUUCAACAAACAAGCUCUCUUUCCACCACAACGUCACCUUAACAAUCCAACUUUCCGUAGGUUCGCCCCCACAGAAGGUUACCAUGGUCCUCGACACAGGCAGUGAGCUCUCUUGGCUCCACUGCAAGAAAGCCCCAAACUUAAACUCUGUUUUCAACCCACUCGCCUCUAAAUCUUAUUCUCCCAUACCUUGCUCUUCGCCCGUUUGCCGGACCCGAACCCGAGACUUCUCCAUACCCGUUUCCUGCGACCCCAAAAAGCUCUGCCACGCCACUCUCUCCUACGCCGAUGCUUCUUCCAUCGAAGGCAACCUCGCAUCCGAAACUUUCGGUCUCGGGCUGUCCACGCAACCCGGUACGAUAUUCGGGUGCAUGGAUUCCGGGUUCAGUUCCAACUCGGAGGAAGACGCCAAGACCACCGGGUUAAUGGGUAUGAACCGCGGGUCGUUAUCCUUCGUUACACAAAUGGGGCUCCCGAAAUUUUCGUACUGCAUAUCGGGUCGUGACUCGUCCGGUGUUCUACUUUUCGGGGAAGCGAAAUUCGCUUGGCUCCGUCCCUUGAACUACACUCCUUUGGUCCAAAUAUCCACCCCAUUGCCGUACUUCGACCGAGUCGCUUACACCGUCCAGCUCGAGGGGAUCAGAGUUUCGGGAAAAGUGUUACCGCUCCCGAAAUCGGUUUUCGUACCGGACCAUACCGGGGCGGGUCAGACAAUGGUCGACUCGGGAACCCAGUUCACGUUCCUUCUCGGUCCGGUUUACACCGCACUAAAAAACGAGUUCAUUCAGCAAACCAAACCGGUUUUGAGAGUUUUGAACGACCCGAAUUUCGUUUUCCAAGGAGCCAUGGAUUUGUGCUACCAAGUCCCUAUGAACCGGCAGAGUCUUCCCCAGCUGCCAACGGUGACCUUAAUGUUUCAGGGGGCCGAGAUGAGCGUAUCGGGCGAGAGGCUGUUGUAUCGGGUACCGGGAAUGGUGAGGGGCAGUGAUUCGGUGUACUGCUUUACAUUCGGAAACUCUGACUUGCUAGGCAUCGAGGCGUUCGUGAUUGGACAUCACCAUCAGCAAAACGUGUGGAUGGAGUUUGACUUGGAGAAGUCCAGAGUGGGAGUGGCUGAGGUUAGGUGUGAUCUUGCGAGUCAAAGACUUGGGUUGGGGGUCUAGCUGGGCCCCCCCAGCUGGCAACAUUUUUGUGGGUUUUUGGGUCACCUUGAUCAAGGGCCCACCACAUUAGCUGAGUUUGUGGGCCCAUUUGGUUCAGAAUCGUCAGAUAGUAUGUGGUCAUGUAUGGAAAAUAGGGUAAAUAUCAGGAUUAGUUUGCACUGUGUUCAGCUGUUGUUAAAAAAACUUUCUUGCAACGGGGAUAAGACUGUUUUGUCAUCCCGGUUCAUAACAUAAUGACACGUAAAAU